GGAGCCUUCUUCCGCUUCCUUAGAGCCUCAGCAGGCAACGGUCCGAGACAAAGGUCCUCAGGUACCGGGUGCCUCCAGCUGUCGACUAGUACCUUCUUCUUGAGCCGGCUUCCGUUUCCCUUCAGCCUCAGCAGGCAACGCCUAGUCGUGUGCAGUCGAGAAACCGGAACUAGAGCAGAAAGUGAAGCCGCGGCAGAGGUCCUCAGUUACCGGGUGCCAUAUACCGGGUCCUCAGAUACCGGGUGCCUCCAGUGGCCGACUAGUAACCAUAUUCAGCCUUCUCGAGCCGGCUUCCGUUUCCUUCGAGCCUCAACAGGCGGCAACGUUCCAGUCGCGUGACUCCGAACUAGAGCAGGAAGUGAAAGUCGAGGCAAAGGCCCUAAGCUACCAGGUGCCUCCAGCUGUCGACUAGUGUACCCGCUCAUAGCUAUCCCACCGGCCGAAGAACCGCAACAGUUCAAACACUGGACUAGCCACCUCAUAGAUUUCUCACCACCGGCCAUUUAGGGGAGUGAGCACGAGCAGCCGUUGAGUCCAGGCCGUCGAGAGGAGCCCACUAGUGUGUCCAGCAAAGCGGCCAUGGAUCGACCUAGCAGCGCUUACAGGAAUAGUAACUCUUGACUUUAUCCAGACGUCGCAAGGGAGCAGCGUGAGCUAUGGCGAGGUUGCAACGUGAGCAACGCACAGAGAGCUGCACACCGACGCAGUCAGCCAGCCAACGAGCCGGUCGAUAGUGUAUACCUACACCUGCAUACCUACACUGUCUUUAGUACUUUGAGACGCCUUAUAAGUGUUAAUUAACUUCUUGUUGCUGUGACACAGACUCCGAAAAGCCAAGUGCGAGUGAUGCAUUAGCGUCUCCGGGAGACUAGCCCUUUCGAGGUUUCAACUUCAUCGGAAGUGGAAGCCAUGAAGACGCUUAGAGGUCUUGUAGCGGCGCUAGUACUAUCGAGUAUAUGCAUCCUAUUCCUCCUACCCUCCUACUCCUUAGCCACGUCAGACGAUCUCCUCCCGGAUAUACCGCGUCCACGUGGCAGCAGGGGCAAGCCGAAGCUCUUUAAGAUCCGAAUACGCUCGCCUAAGAAGCUUCCCUUCGCAUCUCCCUCCUCCUUUUCCCAAAGCUCCCGCUUCGCCAAUCCUGGCGGCGGAAGUGGCGGUAAGAGGCGCUUUCCGUUCCCCUCCUUCCUCGCCGCGUCCUCCGCCGCAUCUUCCGCCGUCUCUUCCGCCGUCUCUUCCGCCGUCUCCUCUCUCCGAAGCGCCCUCUUUAACCGCCGCAGGGCGGCCGAAGUCCAGACCGAACCUUCCACGAAGACGGGCGGGCAUCCGAACCUAGGCCACCACCGUCAGACCGCAACCACCAAAUCGACGGGUGCGAUUAGCGCCGGAGGCGACACCACCACCAGCGAGCCGCAGGGGUUCGGCAUUCCCAAGGGGUCGUUCGACAUUCCCAAGGGCAUGCACGGGCCGUACAAAGGGCACCAUCCGCACCUGGGCCAUCAUACAGGCACUGCAGGGCAUCACGUUUUUGGCGCGGGCGCGGGCGCCGCCGGGGGCGGGGGCGGGGAAAGUGGCGGCGGGGAUCGCUACAGCGCGGCGGGCGCGGCGGGCGCGAACGGCUUCGGCGGCGGCGGCUUGCAGAGAGUGUUCGGCGGAGGGCACCACCCGCGGAAGCCGGACGGGUCGUAUCUGUUCGGGCACCACCCGCAAAGGGCGGACGGGUCGUUUCUGUUCGGGCAUCACCCGUCGGGCGUGGGGCAUCACUUGAAGCGCGGGCAGAAGUGCCUGGGCAACCAGACCGUGUGCCUCGUCUUCGCUAAGGAGAACCCCGGUUUCGACGUCUGCUGCGGUCGCGCGUGUCGCAACCUCAGAAGCGACGUCUUCCACUGCGGCAACUGCCUCACCGCGUGCCCCACCGGCCACCAGUGCUGCGACGGCGCGUGCGUCAGCACCAUGGACGAUCCACGUCACUGCGGCGGGUGCUUCAACACAUGUCCUGCUGAUUCCGCCUGCCAGCUCGGCAUGUGCGGAUACGGCAGCAGCAGCGGCGCUGGUGGUGGCGGCGGUGGUACUAGUAGCAGUGGCAGCAGCAGUGGUGCUGGUGGUGGUGGUGGUGGUGUGGGGAGUGCUGCUGCUGGUGGUGCUCGAGGUCGAUACAGCAGUGAAGAUGGUUAUCGCAGUGGCAGCGGCAGUAAUGCUGGCGGCAGUGGCAGUGGCGGCGGCAGUGGCUCCAGCAGUAAGUUCGGCGAUUUCACGCCCGGGAAUAAGGCUGAUAGUGGCAGUGGUAGUGGUGAUGGCGCUGGUGCUGGUGGUGGUGAUGGUGGUGCCGGUGGCGACGGCAGCGCUAGUGGUGGUGAUACUGCUGGUGGUGCUGCUGAUGCUGCUGGUGGUGCUGGUGCUGCUGGUGAUGGUGCUAGUGGUGGUGAGACUACUGGUGCUGCUGGUGGUGCUGGUGAUGGCGGAUCGAGUGCCACUGGAAGUGACAGCAACAGUACCGUCGCUGAUGCUGCUGGCCCUGCUGCCGCUGAUGCUGCUGGCCCUGGUGGCUCUGGUGCUGAUGGCUCCGGUGCUGGUGGCUCCGGUGCUGAUGGCUCCGGUGCUGGUGGCUCCGGUGCUGAUGGCUCCGGUGCUGAUGGCGCGGAUGCUGAUGGCUCCGGUGCUGAUGGCGCGGAUGCUGCUGCUGGCACUGGUGGGGCCACUUUCAAGAGGGUUUUCACUGAAAUGCAAGGCACUGUCGAAGCAAACAGCAUCAGCAGCAGCAGCAGUGGUGGCAGCAGCAGCAGCAGUGGCAGUGUUGGCAGCAACAGCAGCAGCAGCAGCAGCAGUGGUGGCAGCAGCAGCAGCGGCAGCAGCAGUAACAAUGGCAGUGCAGGGAAAGGAGGGAAAGGGGAAGGAGAGGGGGAAGUGGGAGGAGCAGCAGGAGGAGCAGAGCAAGCAGAGGGUCCUAUCUCAGAAGGAUCUGGCAUCGAAGGGGGAACGGGAGGGAGCAUGGGAGAUGCAACAGGAGCAGAGGCAGGGUCAGGAGAGGCUCCAGGUGAAAAAACGGGAGAAGCCUCAGGAGAAAACUCAGGAGACAACUCAGAGGAGGAGUCAAAAGAAAAGCCGGAGGAGAGUGGAAAACUCAGCGAGGGCACGAGCGCGCUUUGGCCCGAGUUGGAAGUAGAAGCUUCAGGUGGGAAAUCAAGAGAUUCUGCAGCCUCAGGUGAAAAUUCAGGUGACGAUUCAGGGGGGGCAGAUGGUUCAGGGGGAAAUGCGGGUAGUGGAGGUGAGGAGGGGGGGAAGGCUGGAGGGGGGAAGGGGAAUGAGGAGUGGAGGGAGAUGGUGGGAGGGAGGGUGGUGGACUUGGACGAAUGGCAGAGAGGGGUGGAGGAGAGUAGUUACCACGUGAGGGUGGCGGACGGGGGAAAGGGGAAGCAAAGAGAAAGGCGAUCAAGUGGAGCCAGCAAGGGCACCAGCAGCCGCGGCAGCACCAGCAGCAGCAGCAGCAGCAGUGGUGGCGGUGGCGGAGGGGUGGAGGAGAGCAGUUACCAUGUGAGGGUGGCGGACGGGGCAAAGGGGAAGCAGAGUGAAGAGCGAUCACAUGGAGGCAGCAACGGCAGCAGCAGCCGCAGCAGCAGCGGUGGCGGUGGUGGCGGCAGCAGCAAAGGGAACAUAAAUAAUUUCAAGGUGAGCACGGAGCACAAGGAGCAGAGCGGCACUGGGCCAAAGCAGAAGCAGAAAAGCGCUCAUGGCACGAGUGAUGCUGGUGGGAGUGGGGGUGGCCAUGAGGGGAGUGGCCGUGGGGGGGGGGAUGGAAAGAAGCAGCAUGAGACAAAACGCCAGCAAGAGCCGCGGCCAAAGCAGAUGACACAGCCACAACAGGUACAACAGCCACAGAAGCCAAAGGAGGAGAAGCAGCAGCAGCAGCAGGAGCCGCAGCCACAAGAGCAUAAUCUACAGGGGGGGGAACCGCAGCAGCAGCACCAGCAGCAGCAGCAGCAGGCACAAGGGCAAGAGCCAGGGAAGGAGCAGCAGCAGGGUGUGACGUUUGAGAACGAGUGGCAGCAGCUGCUGGCAGCGGCUGACAACAACAGACUGGCCACACACGCCGCUGCCAGGGAUGGUGGCAGUGCCAGCAGUGCCAGCAGUGCCAGCAGUGCCAGCAGUGCCAGCAGUGCCAGCAGUGGCAGCGGUGCCAGCAGUGGUGCCAGCAGUGGUGCCAGCAGUGGCAGUGGUGCCAGCAGUGGCAGGGGGGCAGCAGUCCCCGUGGGGAGGAGGAGCCUGUGGAGGAAGGGUCAACUACCCCGGGGGAAGAGAAUGGGUCCACACCGAAGGGAAAGGAGCCUGUAGAGGAAGGAUCUUCUACCCCGGGUGAAGAGGGUUGGACGCCGGUGUCAGCUUUGAUUGCCAUGCAGCGGCGGAUAGAGCGGGGGAAUUACUGGCAGGGCGCGGAUGGGAAUGAUGCCAGUGCUGCUAAAAACCGCGCUGGUGGUGCUGGUGGUGCUGGUGCUGGUGCUGGUGGGGGUGGCAAAAGUGCUGCUGCUGGUACUGCUGAGUGGUUGGGAGUCCACAGCAGCAGAAUGCAACACAUGGGACGGCAGCAGCAGCAGCAGCAGCAGCAGCAGCCGCAGCAGCCGCAGCAGCCGCAGCAGCCGCAGCAGCCGCCGCAAGGAGAGCAGAAAGCGCAUGAUAGUGGGAGACAAGGGCAGCAGCAGCAGCAGGCGGGCCAUGCGAGGCACGGGUGAAGCUGGUGGACCACAUGAGCGGCAUGCAAGGCACUGGCACCACCCACCCACCCAGACACCCAAGCAUGCACACACAUAUCUUCGAACCAUACAAGGUGACUUUUGAGUCGACUCAAAAGGCACCACCCACCCAGACACCCUAGCGCACACACACACAUGGUGCUAUACCUAGGCGUCUGCAACUUUGGGAAUCUCUCCUAUACACUUUAUGGUGCUAGACCAUAUACGCUUUACUGGUAGUAUGUGACCACGAAGUAGUGGCUUGCAUAAGGGACUCUUAGCCGUAAUAGCUACCGAAUGCUAACACCCAGUACUUCUGGGGCUAAUUGAAAUGUCAAAUGUGUUUGUUGCUCGCAUUAUCAAGCGUGAAGCACCGCUAUG